UGGCCGCGCAGGCGUUGUACGCGCCUUUUGCCGUCGCGUUAGGAUUGAGGGGUGGGGAGAGUUGUGACUCUUCUUGGUUUUGCAGCUUUAGUCGCCAUUAGUAUUGAGGCAGAGCAAAAGUGUGUGUAAGGGGUAACAUCAAUAUUAAGAAUAAAGUAAUAAAAUAUAAUUUGGUGAUAAUUUUGAGCAAUCAAGUUAGUGUUUAUUUAAUUAUUUAAAUAUGUUCGUAUUUUUUGUUUAAUGUAUAGAAAACGCAAACUCAUUUUUGCAGCGCUAGGUUUACAGAUAGUAGAACAGCCAUAAUAUAACAUUUUUUCUUAUUUUUAUUUUUACAUUAAAAGGAUUUUUUUUUUUAUUACAUGGAUUGGAAUCGUUUUUUCUGCAUUUGCGGACAACAUAAUGUCACUGCAUUACUAGAACCGCUUAAUAGUAGUCUUCUUUGCUUAUUAUUUGAAUUGUAUUUCUAAAUUAGUAUGAAUACAUCACAUUACAGUGCAGUAUUUGGAGGGAGAGUAUUUUUAAUUUGAACGGGUGGAGGUAUUUUUCGUCAUUCCCCUUCCGACAUAAGGGUUUCUCUCCCAGACCCUGACUUCAAGUAUCCAAUAGCUAACCGUGUGACACACUCAGUGAGGUUUACCCCGGAGCAAGGAAGAGCAGCGGACUAUCAAGGCCAGGGGAAGGCCCGGGGAGGUGCAGUGACACAAGCUAGCUUUCGAGUCUUGAUCAUGGAUGCAUGACAUCAACAUCCACGGGCACACGGCUCUGUCAUUAAUCGCUAUCAUUUGUUUUGAAACCGAGUUGGUGUAUUAACCUAAAAAAAAAGGAUAAUGGAAGACGAAACAUGAGGGGGUCUGUUCUCAGCGGAUAAGCAAAUGUAAGAUGUGUCUGUAUUUUUGAAACUACACGCUAAACUGAAAGAUUUAAAGUAGAGCACGGAAGAGGGUGGCAGAUGCGCAUUGAAAAACUUUCCACCCGCACGAGUAUCUGUGUUUGCAUUCGCAAUAAGAAAAAAUACAUACAUUAUUAUAACGUUAUUGUUAUUUUUUUAUUUCAACUGUUAAACUAUCGACUUGGGGUUCUGCCCGGUCUGUGUUGGAAAUGUACCCGAUGUCCUGCCUCGCGAUGGGAACUAUAAAUUGAGUCGAAUUGGCUCUAUUAAAAACAAUUAUCUUUUGAUAACUUUGACUGUUUAGCAAAUUUGGAGGAAGACCGGCCUGUUCGGGGACAUACAUACACACAUACGUUGUUCUGUUGCCAAGUUUCGUUUAUAAUGAACGAGUUUGCAGAAGAAUGAACGUCACAUGAGAAUAAACCUUUUCCGUCUGGAUCAACUGUCGGAUUACAAAUACGCAUCAGUAAGCAAGAACGCCUCUCUCCUCCUACCCCCGCCCUCUUGGAUUUUUUUUUUUCUGUAGCUCAAUGACGGCUAUCUUUGGUGCGUUGCAGAAUGGAUGGUGUGGUCUGGACUGUCCCGGUUUCUCAGUGUUUGCGAUUCCUUUUCUGUGACUGCAUUUUGUUCUUUUCGAACUACAAAAGAACACCUCCUGUCCAGGGCCCAGACCCUUUGCACUGUAAUUGUAUUCAUUGUCCCUACUGAAUUUCCAGGACACACCUGUUUGGGGGCGGGUUGUUAGCUGGAAAAGGAGUCUGAAAAGGGGAGUUUCUUGGAAGUGGUUCAGAAUUAUUAUUUUUUAUUAGACUUGUACAUGCUAGCAAAAAUGUCAGAAAACUCAGACAAGAUAUCGACGUCCUUGGCGCCCCCUAAGAACGGGAACGGGUCCUGUUCGGAUACAUCUGUGGGUGAGAAGCUGGGGGUGAAUCUGCUGAAUAACAGACAUGUAGAAGUGGCUUUACGAAAGCGCAGGCACACCAUGGACAAGGACAGCAGAGCCGCGGAGCACCGCUUCUUCCGACGAAGCGUCAUUUGCGACUCCAACGCCACGGCCCUGGACCUGCCCAGCAAUGCCUGCAUCCUCUCUUCCCCUCCUGAUUCUGACAGCUCCCUCUCCACUAUCAUUGUGGGGCCCAGCGAGCCCCCUGCAUUGGCCCCCCAGCCUGCAGAGGUGCCUCCAGUGGAGGUAGCCCCAGAGGUGUGCAAUGAGACCAGCGGGCACACGGAAGAAGCGAGCAUGCCUGUCCUGGUGGUUAGCGAUGGGCAGUCGGUGGUGUUAGCUCCUGCCGGAGUCAGCGAUGCUUCUAACCAUGUCGGGGAUAAGAUCGAUGCUUGUGAUGGCGGUGCCGCCGGCAGCAGUGUUGCGGUUGGGAAACAGGACAAAGGGAAGGAAGUUCUAAAAGAGGCCGGGUUGGGAUUUUCCAGAGGGGAAGGGCAAGUGAAAACGGAGGCGGAGCUCCGGGAGGCAGCAGAGAAGAAGCAGCAGCAGGAGGACAAUGAAGAGGUGGAGACCAAGGCGGUGGGGACGUCCCCCGAUGGGCGCUUCCUCAAGUUUGACAUCGAGAUCGGCCAAGGAUCCUUCAAAACCGUCUAUAAGGGGUUGGAUACUGAAACAACGGUGGAGGUGGCUUGGUGCGAGUUGCAGGAUCGAAAGCUGACAAAGUCAGAGAGACAGAGGUUUAAGGAGGAGGCUGGGAUGUUGAAGGGGCUCCAGCACCCGAAUAUCGUCCGGUUUUAUGAUUCCUGGGAACUGACAUACAAGGGGAAGAAAUGCAUUGUGCUGGUGACGGAGUUGAUGACAUCCGGGACCUUGAAAACGUACCUGAAGCGGUUCAAGGUGAUGAAGAUCAAAGUGCUGCGCAGCUGGUGCAGGCAGAUCCUCAAGGGCCUUCACUUCCUUCACACGAGGACCCCUCCCAUCAUACACCGGGACCUCAAGUGUGACAACAUCUUCAUCACCGGCCCCACCGGCUCAGUCAAGAUCGGAGACCUGGGUCUUGCCACGCUCAAACGAGCCUCCUUCGCCAAGAGCGUUAUAGGUACCCCUGAGUUCAUGGCCCCCGAGAUGUAUGAGGAGAAAUACGAUGAGUCAGUGGAUGUGUACGCUUUCGGGAUGUGUAUGUUGGAGAUGGCAACUUCUGAGUACCCGUACUCCGAGUGUCAGAAUGCUGCGCAGAUCUACCGCAGAGUCACCAGUGGAGUGAAGCCUGGCAGCUUUGACAAGGUAGCGAUACCUGAAGUGAAAGAGAUCAUUGAAGGAUGCAUUCGCCAAAACAAAGACGAGAGGUAUGCCAUCAAGGACCUGCUGAACCACGCCUUCUUCCAGGAGGAGACCGGUGUGCGGGUGGAGCUGGCAGAGGAGGACGACGGGGAGAAGAUCGCCAUCAAGCUCUGGCUUCGGAUAGAGGACAUCAAGAAGCUAAAGGGGAAGUACAAGGACAAUGAAGCCAUUGAGUUCUCCUUUGACCUGGAUAGAGAUGUGCCUGAGGAUGUUGCGCAGGAGAUGGUGGAGUCUGGCUACGUGUGCGACGGGGAUCAUAAGACCAUGGCCAAAGCGAUCAAGGACCGCGUGUCUCUGAUCAAACGCAAGAGAGAACAGAGGCAGCUGGUGCGCGAGGAGCAGGAGAAGAGGAAACAGGAAGAGCAGGAAGGAGAGCUGCUGAAAGCACAACAGCAGCAGCAACAGCAGCAACAACAGCAACAAGUACAGCAGGCCCAGACACCCUCUUCCCAGGCUGGAGUUAGCCAGCAGACCCAGUUCAAAGCCCCGGCUCCCCCCGCCGCCACCACCACAGGCCCCCAAAGCCAGAUGGAGCCCGAGGAGCCAGAAGUAGACCAGCACCAGCAGCAUCAGUACCAACAGGCUGGCAUCUCCAUCGCAUCGGAUGGCACGGUUGACAGUGGCCAGGGCUCCUCUGUGUUUUCUGAGUCUCACCUGGGCAGCCAGCAGACUCUCUCUUACAGUUCUCCCCCAGAGCAGCCUGUGUCCUCGGGCCAGGCUCCUGGGUACCCGGCCCCUGGAGGACAGCAGCAGCAGCAGCAAUACCAGCAGCCAGCUGUGGCUCCCGGGCAACAGCCUCCAACCAGUCUCUCCUUACCGGCCACCUCUCAGCCUGGACCAGUCUCCACACAGCAGUAUGGAGGUUACUACACCCCAACGCAACCCCCACAGGCUGUUCCCCAGCAGGCCUCCCUUGGUGGUCCUCCUGCACAGCAAAUGGCGCAAUAUUCACUCCAGCAGCAGCCAACAACUUCCAUUGCAGCUACUCAGCCCACUCUGCAGCUCAACCAGGCACAGCUUUGUGCUAGUGACCUGAGCACUCCCAGUCUUACCCCUUCUCCAAGCGCUGAGCAGCUGCACUUUCUCUACCAGGCUGCGCAUCUCGCAGUGUUGCAGCCUCCUGUGUCCCAGCCUAUGCAUCCCCUCUAUAUCGAAACUCUACCUCCUCCAGUCCUGGCUCCGGGUCUCGCCGAGCCCAGCUCCUUGCCCAUGACCUCCCACUCCCUGCCAGGGCAGAUCCUCCCCAGCUACUCCUACCCCCCUCCACUUCUCUACACCGGCGAGCUGCAGACUUCAAUGCCGCCUUUUUCCAUCGCUCAGGUUGGCUUUCCUUCGCCUUCUCUUCCUGUCACCAUGGCAGCCAGCCUUAGCCAGCAGCAGCAGCAGUCACCGGCAAUGGUAGCUGCAUCAAGCGUGCCCGCUGGAGCUCAGGUAGGGCUUCCAGCGCACGCGUCUCCCCAGCAGCUUGUCUACUCUGGGUCAGCAGUCAGCAUGGGGAAGCUCCUGAUCCAGCCACACCUUCAUCCAAGCGAAAUCCUACACCAGGCGCCCCAGAGUGUUUCUCAGUCCAGCGAGCAGACGCAGGGGCUGCAGGCUCAGGGGAACUCCUCUGUGGACAGUGUGCAUUCGGACGUGGCGUCUGGAAUGAGCGAUGGGAAUGAAGGAGCCACAGCCUCCAGCGAGAGAGACGAGGGCAGAUCCACCAAGCGGCACAACCGAAAGUCAGUCCGGAGCCGCUCUCGCCACGAGAAGACGUCUCGGGCGAAGCUGCGCAUUCUCAGCGUUUCAAACAUACCCGACCGAGUGGCUGAGUGCCAGCUGGAGACUCACAACCGGAAAAUGGUUACUUUCAAAUUUGAUCUCGAUGGGGACAAUCCAGAGGAAAUUGCGGAAAUAAUGGUUCAGAGCGAGUUCAUCCUGGAGCCAGAGAGAGACUCGUUCAUUGAGCAGGUGCGCGACAUCAUUGAAAAGGCGGACGAGAUGCUGAGUGAGGAUGCGAGCGGAGAGCCGGAGGGCGAACCCGGGGGAAACAGAGACAAGGGCAAGACCCAGAUGGAGUGUGAAUUCAGAGGUCCGGAACCUGCAUUAUUUGUUCCUCGGCAGACAGGUGCCCAUGUAGGCUCUGUUGCUCAGGUGGUCCAUUCAGCCGGUCGCCGGUUCAUAGUGAGCCCUGUUCCAGAGGCCCGGCUCAAAGACCAGUUCUUUGGUCCCACGGCCACCCCUAUUCUUCCUCCAGAUCCUUCCUUAUCCAAGGAGAUGCCAGCAUCGGUUCCAGUGGUUCUCAACAGUCAGAGCUUAAGCCACUCUGCCUCCUCAGUCAGCCUUCAGCAAGCCUUCGCUGAGCUCCGCAAUGCAGCCUACCAGGAGGGACCCAGCACCGCGCCGCCCAUGGUCAACCUCACCAUGCUGCCCUUCCCUACCUUAACAGGACUGACCCCAGUCUCCACCCCAUCCAGCACCCACAUAGCAUCCCCUCCCUCAACCCAGGCACAGAGCACAGUCACUGAGGCCGGCUCGAGCUCUCAGCCAGCCCCAACAUUGCAGCCCAGCCUUCCAACUGUGCCCCCUCCUGCUGUUCAACAAAUCACUGGCCAGGGAGUGAGCACACAGGCAGCCAUAACCACUCCUCUGUCUCAGUCUGGACAGCAGCUGAUCUACUCCAGCACUAGCACUUUAUCCCCACCUCUCACCACACCCCCUCAGCAGCCGAUUACUGGAGUUCCACCUAGUGUCAGCGCGCCGGCUUCCAUAGCUCCUCCAGUUGUGACACCGCAGCCAGCCCAAGCGGCCCCUCUCCCGUCUCACGCCAGCCUCCCCACUUCAGCAUCCUUCCCAAUGAUGUCCCAGUCGACCCAGCAAGUCUUUGCCAACGCGAAUCCUCCGCUGGUGCAAAUCUCCUCCUCCCUGCCUGGCCCUCCAAUAACCAGCCCUGGUCCCCCAUUGCAAGAAUCUCCCCAUCCUGACAGCUUGCAGCCCAAGCUUCCAACCUCCACCUCUCUACCCAUUGCUGUGUCAGCAUGCCAAGCUCCUGUCUCACAGCCUGCUGUAACCAGUGUGUCUUCAGUCCCCAAUUUGAUGCCGGCAGCCACUACCACCGUCCCAGUGGUCCAGCCGACACUGGUGCACACUGAGCCGCAGCUGGUCUCUGUCCCCAACCAACCACAUACACACUCCCUGGAGUGCGAAGGGGAGCCUGGUAUCGACGACAUCAAGACCCUGGAUAAGAUGCUGCACUCUCUCUUCAGGGAGAACAGCUCAGCCACGGCAAGUGACCCGGCCGGAGCUCAGAUCCCAUCCGGGACAGCAGCUGCUGCAGGCUUGUCCAGUAUUUUGGCAGCGCCCCCCACCAGCUUGCCCCUUGGAAGUGCAGGGUUACCCACCAGCACCCCUGUAGUCACCCCCGGUCAGGCUGCCACCCCUGCAAGCUACGUCCAAGCUGGACCCCCAGUGGGCAAGGCAGGGACCCCUCCAGCUAAGCCUCCUUUGGGACGGUUACCGGUAUUGCCUGUAGGCACAGAAUUGCAGGCUGGCACUCCACCCACUGAACAGCAACAACCCCCUUUUCCAGGACCUACACUAACCCAGUCUCAGCAGCCUCUGGAAGAUCUCGACGCCCAGUUAAGAAGGGCGCUCAGUCCAGAGACGGUCCCAGUUAACACUGUGACUGCUCCGACUGCAGUGACUUCACCCCCAACAAGUGUUUCCGACCAGAGUUAUCCUGCCGGACAGCCUGUUGCUGAAGGACCUCAAGGGGAAGAUAGCAGUAGUGUCGUGGCUGCUAGUGCAGGAGCUGAAGUUGUGAAACUUGGGCGCUUUCAGGUGUCAGUGGCACCGGAUGUGGUCUUGCCUCAGUCAAAGGUGGACGUCAGAACCAGGCCUAGCUCUACAGACUCUACCUCCUCUACCACCUCCUCCAGUUCCUCCGCCUCCUCCACCUCGUUGCUGUCCAGCCCCGAGAACACGCUGGUUAAGCCGCUAGCCCGCCGCAGAGCUGCCACAGCUCCGGAUGUGGUGGAUGGUCUUACCCUGCACUCCUCUCCUCACCAGACAGCACAGCCCAGCCAGGAGGCCACCCCGCCCACUACCAUCGGCAGGUUCCAGGUCACCACCCAAGCUGACACCAGGGUGGGGCGUUUCUGUGUGACCAAGGCGCAGGACGAACCGGCAGCAGCUGGGGCAGGGAGCACCUCUACCCCGGCCAGGGAAACCCAGCUUGCCCUGCCCAGCAUAGAGAGCCCCUCGGAACCCUUCACACAGCUCAACGGGCCAUCGCAGCUCCAGGAAGUGUGUGCCAGCCUGGGCAGCCCAGGUUCCCCCCAGCUGCAAGGAUCCCUGCCCCUGCCCAGCCUCAGCAACUCCUUCAACUCCUCCUACUUGAGCAGCGACAACGACUCGGAGUUCGAGGACGAGGAUCUCAAGAAGGAGCUGCAUCGGCUCAGGGAGAAACAUCUGAAAGAGAUCCAGGCUCUGCAGUCACGACAGAAGCAGGAGAUUGAGUGUCUUUACACCAGACUGGGGAAGGUGCCCCCAGCUGUCAUCAUCCCCCCUGCGGCCCCCCUUUCAGGGAGGCGCAGGAGACCCACCAAGGGCAAGGGGAGCAAGUCCAUCCGCAGCACCUCCCAGGGCAGCAAGAGCCCUCUCCUGCCAGGCACUUUCUCUGCACAGAGCGCUCCCUCCAUGUUCCCGCCUCAGCACACUCUACUCCCCCCGGGAGGCAGCCCGGAGACUGGGCACUGCCAGCCACUCAAGCCCUCUCCCUCCAGUGAGAACCUGUGCUCUGCUUACACAAGCGACGCGGCUCUCUCCGUGCCCAGCCUGUCCGCCCAGGCACAAGGCUGUGCAAAGUUCAGCUGUGGGUCAGAGCGAGUAACCUUCAAAACCGGUGGCAGGAGGACGCGAUUUCUGAGGAAGAUGGUGAAAAAAGUGUGUCCCUGCAACCAGCUCUGUAGGACAAGCAGCACAAACACAGUGAGUGGAGGGGCCCCGGGACAGGCCCCAGCUCAGCCCCCUACCCUGCCCUCCACCCGGAAGGGCACCUUCACAGACGACCUACACAAACUGGUGGACAACUGGGCUCGCGACGCCAUGAACCUGUCGCAGGGCAAGCGGGGCUCCAAGCAGCAGCAGCAGCAGCAGCAUGGCCACAACUACUGUGAAGUGAUCCCGCCUGCCAACAUGGGAAGAAAGUUCUCCGCUCCGGGGCACCUUUGCCCAAAUAUUACGUCCUCACUGAGUGGGCACACGCCCAUCCCUGCUCCCUCCGCUACCUCCUUGGGACCCUACGGGAAGACCCCGCUGUGCCCGACCCCCCAGUACGGCUUCCCCUCUGCUCCUUACAGCACACAGUGGACUGGCUCCACAGGCCCUACAUUGCAGGCAGGCCUCCUCGCCACAUCGCAGCCCCCGGGCCAGUUCAAGCCGGUCACUACGGGCUCGCUGCAGGGCUUUCACAUGAGCAAUCCGGCUGGACCAAACCUUCGCACGACGUAGCCAACCCCCCUCAGGGGCCAGGUGGAGUCCGGCCGAGAGGGGAGGGUUGCGAGGAGGAUAGGGGUGCACCACAAGAAGGUGAUGGGAACUUCUAGAAACCGAGCGGAGCGAUCAACGUUGCAUUUUUUUUUUUUUAUUUGUAACCCCAUGCUGUGAGAGGGAGGAAGAAGCAAGAAUCGUCCAGCGCUACUUGACUGGAAGAUUUUCAUACUGUUUAAAUAUAUAUAUAUAUAUAUA